AUGAGCUGGAGUCAGGGCUGCAGCACCUUUUGUGAUAUUCUUGUGCUUAUGCGAAGCCAAGAGGCAUCUGAAUCACUCGAAGAAGAGGAGGAAGAGGAACUGCGGUAUUUCUUAGUGGAUUUAGGAUUAUCAAAUGCCACAAAGUGGCAUUCACUGUCUUUUCUUGCACAAGUCGGUUCGGAUGGUUUGGGCUCUCGUUUUGGUUCUGGUGCUGGUCUUGGUUGUGGUUCUGGUUCUGGUUCCGGUGUAAAGCAAGCGCGUGAGCUAACGCGUUCUCGAGAACUCGAAGAGGAGGAGAAUGAUAAGGACCUGGAUGACCUUCGGCUUGCCGUCUUUGACUUCUUGGACACCGGCGAUCUACGACUCUGUAACGGGGAUACUGACGGAGCCACCGGGGUGGAGAUUGAGGUAGUACUCUUGAAACUACGUCGGCUACUAGCGCUGGGAGAUCGCGAAGCUGCAGUUCGCGAAGCCGCAGUUCGCGAAGCCCGAGGUGUAGGACUUCGUGCCGUUUGUUCCUUUGCGUAA